AUGGCGGACGAUGGCAUGCUUAUGAAUUUUGACGUGGGAGACGGGAUUAUCAGCUCGCAACAGAAAUUUAAAGGCGGCAAGUGGAAGGAUCGUCUCGUCGCCAAAAAAAUCGCAGACCACCGGCACAAGAAAUCGAAGCAACCAUUUACCACAGAUGACAGUAGACGGGGUGAAAGAGGGGGAGAAGCGGACCAUGGAGGUGUAUCCAGCCGCCCACCGAAGCGACAGAGACUCAAUAAUGGAGAUUUUCAACCAAGCACUGCUACCAUAACAGGAGUUUCCAAUAACUCCAGCAGCAAAUAUGCCACUGGCCCGCAAAGAGAGGUUAUCUCGUCGCUUUUCUCGUAUAAUCCCGUUGCGAAGACUGUACCUACGGCGGAAGAAUCUACAGCGCAUGAUGAUGCUGAAGCCACGAAAGCUUCCAAUGCCCCUCUCGUCGACGGUAUCGAUACGUUUACGUCCCUCGGGCUAUCGCCAGAGCUCGCAGCACACCUGCUGACCAAAUUAAAGUUGAAAAAUCCUACCGCGAUUCAAAAGAGCUCAAUUACACAGUUGCUAAAAGAGAAUUGCGAUGGGUUUAUACAGGCAGAGACUGGAUCUGGAAAAACACUUGCAUACCUCCUACCCCUGGUACAACGGCUGAUGAACCUAUCUGGCCGAAAAAGCACAGAGGAAGGCCAAGGUCAAGCCACGCCGAUUCACCGAGACUCGGGUUUAUUUGCUAUUAUCCUUGCACCAACUCGAGAACUUUGCAAGCAGAUAUCUGUGGUACUUGAUAGUUUGCUUAACUGUGCUCAUUGGCUUGUUGCUGGCACAGUUAUCGGUGGAGAGAAGAAGAAAUCAGAAAAAGCAAGAUUACGGAAGGGGUUGAAUAUCCUCGUGGCUACUCCUGGACGGCUUGCGGAUCAUCUAGAUAAUACCAAAGUUCUUGACGUGGGCCUUGUUAGAUGGCUUGUGCUAGACGAAGGCGACCGAUUGAUGGAGUUAGGAUUCGAAGAAGAGAUUCAGAAUAUUAUUAAAAAGUUGGACUCUAAAAGGCGACCGACAUCAAAGAUUGAAAAUCUUCCUCCAAGGAGGUUAACGGUACUAUGUUCUGCCACGCUGAAGAUGAACGUGCAGCGUCUAGGAGAGAUGAGUUUGAAGGAUGCGGUUCAUAUACAGGCUGAUCCGGCGGAUGAAAUUGAAGAUACCUCUUCCCAGGCUGGAGAUGCGCAAAAGUCUCUGGAAUUCUCAGCACCAGCUCAGCUGAAGCAGUCGUUCGCAAUUGUUGCAUCAAAGCUUCGGCUUGUUACCUUGACAGCCCUUCUCAAAAGUACCUUUAUACGCAAGGGAACCGUUAUGAAAGCUAUCGUUUUUGUUUCUUGCGCGGAUUCAGUGGAUUACCAUUUCGAGGUUUUCACUAGAAAGUCGGAUAAGAGUACUGAAAGCGUUGGAAAGGGAGAGAAGGAAAGAGAGGAAGAAGAAAAGGAGGAGAAAGACUCGAAUGCUGAAGCGGCAAUUACAACUAACUCAUCUACCCAAGGAACAGUAGCCGAAUCUCCAACAUUAUCAAACCCGAACAACUCGGUAAUACUGCAUAAACUCCAUGGAUCGCUCCCUCAACAUGUUCGAACAGCCACGCUUUCUGCAUUUGCCAAACAAAAGGACACCUCGGUUUUAAUAUGUACAGACGUUGCGUCUCGGGGUCUCGAUCUACCGAAUGUUGACUUUGUCAUCGAGUACGACCCUGCGUUCUCCGCUGAUGACCACCUUCACCGUAUCGGUCGUACAGCUCGAUUGGGUCGUGAUGGUCGUGCUAUGAUCUUCCUUCUUCCGGGAAGUGAAGAAGGAUAUAUCAAUGUUCUAAAACGCGGGUAUCGCGACAACAACACCAAGGCUGUGACCCGCAGUGAUGAAAGCGACAUCUUGAAGCGAGGAUUUGGACGGACUAAUGGCAAGGGUUGGGAAGAGGCAGCCACUGAGUUCCAGCUAGAUAUAGAACGUUGGACCCUGGACAACCCCAGUAUCCUGGAAAUGGCCCGUCGAGCUUUUCAAUCUCAUAUUCGUGCCUACGCUACACAUAUUGCAAGCGAGAGGGAGUACUUCAACAUAAAGGAUCUGCAUCUAGGCCAUCUGGCCAAAGGUUUCGGCUUGCGAGACAGGCCAACGAAGAUCAAUGUUCCUGGACUUCGAACCGGCAAGGAGGAGACAAAGAAGGCGUUCAAAGCAAACAGGACGGUAGAUUCCAGUGACAAGAAGAAUGAUUCCGGUCCCAAAAAUGAUAGUGCGGCUGAUAAAAUGCGGAAGAAGAUGAGAGAACAUAUGGCCGCGGCAAAUGAGUUCAAUAUCGCCUAA